GGAGGAUCGGCCCUGUUAAUGACGUCAUCCAUGGGUGUCAGGUGACAAAACAAGGGGGAGACUGUACUUCCUGGAGCUCCGGGACCGACAGAGCAGACUGACGAGCCGACAGCAGAGUUUUGAUUUGAAAGAAUCAGCGCGGAGGAAGUAUGGAGGAUGAUGAACUUCCGUCAGCGGAUGGGAUGGGUGGGCGUGGCUCUCUACCUGCUGCUCAGCGUCAUGGCAGUGUACUAUGUAUUUGAGGUUCACAGUUUCAGUCUGGAGCACGUGCAGAGAGGCGUGGUCGACCCGUCGGCUCCACCCCUCGCUGUCAGCUGGUCUCAGAGCGUCAGCGCUCGUCUGCCGCCACUUCCUGUCUGGAUAUGGGCAUCAGUCUUCCUGCUGCCGUACCUGCAGCUCUUCCUCUUCCUGUUCUCCUGUACAAGAGCCGACCCUCGAGCAGUUGGAUACUGCGUCCUUCCUGUCUGCCUCGCCUUGCUCUGCAGCCGCCACGCCACCCGCAAACCGGCCAAUCAGAGGGGUCAGCUGCUCAUCGACACGUAGAGAGGAGGACAACCAAUCAGAGAGGCCAGCAGCUCAUUGACACUGAGAGGAGGCAACCAAUCAGAGAGGCCCGUCCCUCUGACAACAAACUGAACUGUUUGUGUUGUUUGUGAUGUCACUUCCUGUGUGCCUUUAAACAGAUUAACAAACUGUCCUGUGACAUUUGAACCCUUCGCCCUGUCUGCCAGGAGCUAACGCUAGGACUGCCCUGAAUAUUGUCUAUCAGAACAAAUAGUACUGCCCUGAGUGUCGCCUGUCAGGCAGCUGUCAGUUUAUUAUCGUAACUCCACAGAUGCUGUGCUGUGAUUGGCUGGAGGAUGUUUAGUAUGCGCCUGUCUGUGGUCACUUCAGCCCAUAGUUACCUGAAGCAUCAGUGCUGUUGCUAUGGUUACAUGCAGUCAAGAAUUUAGAAUGGAACUUUAACUACUGACCUGACAGCUGCCGGCCAAUCACAAGAUGAGUCACAUGACACACGCUGGUAACCGUCAUAACUUUAUUACAACAUCAAUGAAAUGAAAAAAAAAAACAUACUGCAAAGUUUUUAUAAAGAUUUGUAAUUUGUUUUACUAAGAAAAAAAAACUGUAUUUAUCAUCAGUGACUUCAGGAACA